AGUGUGUAGAAGUCGGAUUUUUACACUUACUGAUGGUAGUAUAGCUGUUUGCUAAUUUGUCGGAAUGUUUAAGGAGUUCAGAUGCCUCCUGGAUGGUUGAGGACUUCUGUGAGAGUGUUUCCACUGGCACACGGACUAGCAAACACUUUCUUGCCUCUGUGUUACUCCUCCUCUCUCUCUCGCACUGCAUUGGCACGUUGUGCAACUUCUCUUUCUCUCAGGCCACCUCACGCCAAACAUUCAGUCUCUCUUUUUGCUCCAUCACCUUUUCCUUCCGUAUAUGUUCCCGGGGUUAAAUCUUGUUUCAGUCAGUUUUCUCCCACCUUCUCCCUUUGUCCACUAACCUCCCCUUGUCAUUCUUUCACUCAGUUGUCCUUCAUCUCUCAUUCAGCCCAGGCCAUGAACUUACCGGAUAUUUUAGAAGUGCUUGAGCAGCUGGCUCCUCUGUCUUUAGCUGAACCCUGGGACAAUGUUGGUUUACUGGUGGAGCCUAGUAAACCUCGCUUGGUUCAGAAAAUAUUACUGACCAAUGACCUAACGGUUAGUGUCAUGGAGGAAGCAGAGGUUAUGAGCUGUGACCUUAUCAUUUCCUAUCAUCCACUGCUCUUUAAACCAUUUAAACGCCUGGUUCAGAAGGACUGGAAGCAACAGUUAGCAAUUCGGGCAGUUGAAGCAGGAAUUGCGAUUUACUCUCCCCACACUGCUUUGGACAGCGUGAAAGGUGGCAUCAACGACUGGCUGAUUGGCGGAGUGGGCAGCGGCAGCGUCUCAGUACUACGUCAGGCUGUGAGCAGCGGCCCUCUGUGUCACAAACUGGAGUUCACUGUGAGGAAUCAUGAGGAACUGGAAACUGUUCUCUCAGAAUUAGGGGACAGAGGAACAGGUGUCACAUUCUCUGCGGCCAGACCUGACAGCCACGCGUACAGCGUGCGUGUGUCCUGUUGCGACUCAGCGCUGACCUCUGUCGUCCAAACUCUGUGGCAACACUCGACCCCCCAACAGUCUCUCUCCAUUCUGCCAGUCAGCAAGCAACCACUUCUGGGUUGUGGUGUGGGGCGACGGGGCACUUUGGAUGAGCCCAUUUCCAUAGAAACGGCCGUGAAUCGAAUGAAGGCUCACCUGGGGUUGAAACAUUUGAGGCUGGCUCUUGGAGCACAGAAAACUCUGGAGUCCACAGUUACCACAGUAGCAGUGUGUGCUGGAUCAGGAGGCUCAGUUCUGCAAGGAGUGACAGCUGAUCUCUACAUAACAGGGGAGAUGUCGCAUCACGAGGUCCUGGAUGCAGUUGCUGCAGGAACAAGUGUGAUCCUCACUGACCAUAGCAACAGCGAACGUGGUUUUCUGUCUGUUCUGAGAGAACGACUGUCGGUACAUUUGGAUGAUUCUGUCUCCGUCCAGUUGUCACAGAAAGAUCGAGAUCCUCUAGAAGUAAUGUAACGACUAAAGAAACAAAUGGUCUCUGGAGGCUUUGAGAGUUUAUACUGACGAUGCAUAAUUGAUCAACGGUGUUAAUAAAAGGUCCCUCGGCGCACUUGAGUUAUUGCAGUGCGGUGUGGAAUAAUUACACUGUAAAGUCCCUCACACCGUACAGAUGGUCCUCAAUUUACAAUAUGUGUGUGAAUUACAACCAGUCAGGCUUAUGACAGCCAAUCCACUAGCCUUAUUAUAUUAUUUUAUAUCAGUUUUGAAAUCACAGUGAACUAUGCUCAUGUAAUGCACAUUUUUAUUAAAUUUAUAAAAUGACAUUUACUUUUGAAACUAGAAAAGUAACACAUUGUAUGGUAUUAACAUGAAACAGUGAUUAAAAAGUG